CACUGCCAACAGGGCACCUUCGAUCGAUGUGUUGCUGUCAACAAUUUUUUACGAAACUAUACAUGAAAUAUUUAAUAUAAAUAUUUAAUAUAUAGUUUCUCGUAUUAAAACUAUAAUAUUUCUCCAAUAGUCCAGUGACAAAGCUGUUUCUCGCAAUCUAACAUAUGUGAGGAGUUCUUUCACGAAUGUUACGUAAGCGGCGGUAGUGCAGCAUGUCGUGGAUGAAGCGGCAAAGCAACGCGCCACCGCCGAGCUCCGAGCACCAGGCCUACGCUGCACCCCAGCCAUAUGGGAAUCAACAGAAUAUGUAUCCAAAUUAUCAAGGUGCACCGCAAACAGCCCAGCAACAGCAGAUGUGGCAAAUGCCCCAGCAACAACCACAGUAUGGUCAGCAAUAUGGACAAGUUUAUCAACAGCAACCAUUUGUUAACAACACUAAUCAGUACUUCCAACAGCCGCAGCAAUAUAAUCAACAUUAUGCAAAUCAAAACUUUGAUAAUGCACAGCCUUCUUACCAGCAAAAUUAUUACCAAAAUCAAAUGCCACAACAACAACAACAAAACUUUGCUCAAAAUGAAGGUAAUGCAGAUGGAUGGGAAGAUAACUGGAAUUGGGGAUGGGAGGAUUCUUCUAAACAACAACAAAAGUCUUUGACCCAGGCUGCGCCCAAUCAGCCAGGGUUACAGCAACCAGUUUAUAAUAAUAAUGCUAAUGUUAUAGAAGAGAGUUUUGCAUCCACAAAUAGCUGGAAUUGGUCUAUGGAAGAGAAAAAAGAUACAGAGCUGCAACAAACUCAAUCUCAACCCAUUCAAGACAAUAGAGAAAAAACUGCACACAUUGAUAACUCCAAUAACGAGAACAAUGUGGCAAGUGAACCAACUGAUCAAAGGAGGGCCAGUAAUAUUUCUGCACACAGCACGCAAGAUGAAAUAAAAACAUUAAAUGACAAAGAAAUUGUAAAAGAAGCAUUACCAAAUUUAGCUUUGGGGAAGCGCUUCAAUCCAGAAAAUUUAACACCUCAGUGGUCCAUUGAGUCACAAAUGUCCCAGGAUUCUAGUGAUGGACCACAUACACAAUCAGAGGGUACAUACAGGAGCGAAAAUCAAUCCAGGAAUUCUAGUAAAAGUAGUCCAGGACCAAACACUGACACAGCAAAUUUUAACUAUUCUCAAUCUAGUUUUAAUGAAAAUAUUACAAAUAGUGAAUGGUCGAACCAUUACUCCGAGGAAUCUAUGCUAGUCAGUAAUAUUCAAAGUAAUAGUAGAAGGGAAAGCUGUGAUGACUUAAUUAAUUCUAUACAGGACAUGAAUAUAGCUAAUCAUGAAAAUGUAUCUCUAGAUGUUAGACAUUCUAGCCAUAAUAUUGAAAAUAUUACAGAUAAUAAACAGAUGAAAGCACCCGUCCCAUCUAUAUCUCCAAAUCCCACGGCACUAAAUCAAUAUAUUUCUCAACCAUCUAUGCCCCCUCCGCCUCCUGUCUCUACUCAAUACUUACCACAUAAUUUACCAGUAUCUACUACUAAUUCGGUACAGACACCUCAGUCUUUACCUGCAGCAAACAAUACAGCAUCUUCAUCAUCAUCAUCAAUUAUGCCAACUCCUGGCUUGCCUCCACCUACAGCAACAAUGCCUUUACCCCCUACAACAAACUUUCCGACUUCUUCAAGUCAAAAUCCAUUUAAAAGUGCUGCACCUUUUUCCCAUAAAAAUAUUUCUAAAGUACCACCUGUGAAUCCACAGCUUCCAACAUAUGCGCCUCCAAAUUCUGGCCCAAUCUUAACUUCACCAGCUGCUGUUAGUAAAGUUGUUCAGCAAGACAGGCUCUCUGCAAACUUUGGAGCUAAUUUGGAAACUACACCUGAUAAUUCAGAAAGACCUGAUCAACCACAAGUUUCAAACUAUAGAUCAAUGCCUCUACCAUCUCAGGUGCCUGAUAACUUAGAAAUAGCUCCACAGAAUGAUAGAAAUGAGUAUUUGCAAACUGCCCAUCUGUCAAGUGUGGACUAUGGUGAAAAUACAGAUUUUAGUCGUAAUAUUCCCCCACCAGGGCUAAGAAGAAUGGGAGUGGGACAGCAAGAGGUUGAAUACAAUCAGAAUUUGAAUAUUUCUGGUGAUGAACCCCCUCCAGGCUUAGCGCGAAUGGUGCCUGGUCAGCAGACAGAAAGUCAUAGCUCGUACAAUCAAACAGCUGAUGACUACAUGGACCGACAAAUUGACGGGCAGCCGACUGAUAGCAGUGGUCGACCUUAUAGGCAAGCAGAUGGCCAACAAACCCCCGAUAAUUAUUCACAAACAGUAACUACAAGAGGAGGAGAUAGAAGACCUGUUGGUUUGGAUAGGAUGGUACCUGGGGAGCCUAGUAACGAUGAAUAUCCUCAAUAUCAAACUCAGAAUUUCGCUUCUGCAAAUGAACAAAGAGUUGUCACUGGAGUUGAUCAUGAUUACCCAAUAUCGGCCGAUGCGGGUCCCACCGAUAUUCGUGAACAAAACGUGGACGGGUCCGACUACACUGAACCACCUCCGAGGAAUCCAUCGAGAAGUAUAAUUGGAGCACGGGAAGCUAGUAAUGCCACUUCUCCAGAUUUCAGCCUAUCUGUUGAUGAUCAACAAAGAGAGAUUACGAUGGAAGGCGAAAAUUUACAAGAUUUGAGCGUCGUUUCAUCGGUGGACAUGUCUUUUUCGAGGGAACCAACGUACGAUGGCUCCAACGCUAAUACGGUGGAAGAGCCAAAAGAUCGCAACCAUGAUGUAACAGAUGCAACUGAUUAUCCAACUAACAAUUCGCGAAGACAAUCCCUUAACCGCGUCACCUCGGGCGAGGAUUCAGAGAGAGAUCGAGCUUUCAAAGGAUCUCCAAGAAAAGACAGGGACAAACCGAAGACUUCAAGAGAUCGAGACAGAGAUAGGGAUAAAGAAAGAGGUCGAUACUCUCGAGGCGAUAGAAAAUACGAUCGCGAAGCUGAGAGGCGAUCGGGCAGGGAUGAGCGGCGCCCCGAUAAAGACAGGCGGGACAGGGACAGGGACUGGGAUCGGGAAAGACGUGACAAAGACGUGAGUCCUGACGGCAGACGACAUAGACGCAGCACUCGAAGCCAUCGAUACGAGACCGAAGACACCGACUACUACAGCGACAGAGAGAGAAAUCGUAGACAAUACAGAGAGGGGUCGUACACGUCGAAGCCGCCUCGCGACGACAAGGAGCGGCGGCGCCACCUGACGCUGGAGCGCGAGCGCGACCCCUUCGAGCGCCGCUACCGCGACAUCGACCCCCGCAAGUACGCCUCGCUGCGCAGGGAGCGGGGCGACGACGACAGGAGAAAAGUCGUAACGUUCAGUGGCGAUGCUAGAACUGAUAGUAGUAAACCCAAAGGCGAGACGUACUCGUCGGGCUCCCGCGCCGGCUCGCGCGAGGCCACGGCCACGGACGAGGAGGCCGACGAGCCGAGGCGCCGCGCGCAUCGCGACGAGCGACGCCGACAUCGGCACCAUCACUACUACGAUGGUGAACGAGUGUCGGGCGCGCUGGCGGGCGGCGCGGGCGGGCCCGCGUGGGGCUCGGCGCUCGAGGCGCAGCGGCGCCACUACGAGUACUACGAGCGCCUGCGCCGCACCGACCCCGCCGCCUACAUGCGCCUCUACAAGCAGCUGCUGGCGCCCGGCCUCUACGGCAACCUCUACGCGGACGGCUACGGCCAGCUCGGCUACGAGGCGCGCACGGAGGAGCGCGGCAGUGUGCACUCGGGCCGGUCCAGCGCUAACGGACUCAAGCCUGCGGACACGUACUACGUCAGCUCUCGAGUCGCGCGCGACGCACUCUCGCUGCGCACCGACCUCUCCGACAGGGAGCUGACGACGGACAUGUCCCUGAACCUGCACCUCGACGAGUCCACGGUGCGCUCGGAGCGGAUGACGCCGUUCAAGUACUCCACCGCGCACGUGAAGGGCGUGCUGGGCGCGCGCGCGCUGCUCGUGGUGAGCGCGGGCUGGCCCGUGGACGGCCGCGCGCCAGCGCUGCAGCUGCUGCCGCUGGCGCGCCUGCUGCAGCGCCACGCCGCCGACCUCGCCGCCUACCCGGGCCCGCUGCGCAGAGGUGUGACCCACAAGAAGAGCGUCGUGGAGUACUGCGAGGCGCGCGUGCGCGGUGCGCACCAGCACGGCGGCGCCGACGUCAUCGGCUACGCGCUGCUCUGGGACCUGCUGGCGCUGAUGCUGCGUCAGAACGGGGUGGUUGUCGGUUCGGACGUCGCCGAGCUACUAAUGAAGAACACGAAGGAGUUUGAGUACAAGAUAGCACCUGACAAGAGCACGGAGAAAGGCGGCUCGGUGUCUUCGGGGUGUGUCGAGGGGGAGGGGGAGGGGGACAGACAGUACGACCUGCCUUCGACGCUGGCGGAAGAUGAUAUAAAGGGUAAGCCAGUCGUCGACGAGAAAGAGGCGCUCGAGCGCUACCGGGAGUAUCUCGUCUACGGGAACCGGCAGGAGGCCCUGGAGUACGCCAUGGACAACGGGCUGUGGGGCCACGCGCUGCAGCUGGCGGCGCACGGCGAGCGGCGCGCGCGGGCCGCCGUGUACGCGCGCUUCGUGGCCUCGCUGGCGCGCCGCGACCCGCUGCACUCGCUGUACGCCGCGCUGGCCCUGCGCGCGCCGCCGCUGCUGGCCGGCGCGGCCGACCCGCGCUGGGGCGACUGGCGCCCGCACGCCGCCAUCCUGCUCGCCAACGCCAGCGCGCGCGCCGACCACGACCGCCGCACCAUCACUCAGCUCGGCGACACACUCGGCGCGCGCGGGCUGCUGUACUCCGCGCAGUUCUGCUACCUGUCGGCGGGCGAGCCCUUCGCCGCGCACCCGCUGGCCCCCCUGCGGCCCCCCGCCGAUCCCUCCGCGCCCGCGCCCACCUCCGCUCCGCGCCUGUCGCUGCUGCUGGCCGACCCGCGAGCGACCACGCUGACGCGCUUCGCCACCAACGAGGCGAUAUUCGCCACCGAGAUAUACGAGUACGCGCUGUCGCUGAGCUCGGCGCAGCAGGAGUUCGUGCUGGACGAGCUGACGGUGUACAAGCUGGUGCUGGCGACGCGGCUGGCGGACGCGGGGCAGUGCGAGCGCGCGCUGCGCUACGCCGAGCGCGCCGCCCGCGCGCUCACGCGGGCCCCCGCGCCCCCCGCGCCGCCCGCGCCGGCCGCGCCCGCGCUGGCCGCGGCCGUGGCGCAGCUGGCCGAGCGCCUCAAGUACUGCGACCCGGCGCUGCACGACGGCGCGCCCGACGGCGCGCCCGACGCGCCCGACGACGCCAGCGCCGACGCCUCGCCGCGCCACCAGCGCUGGCUGCACGAGCUGCACGCCGUGGCGGCGCAGCUGUCGGCGGAGGCGUCGCAGCAGCACACCCCGCAGCACCGCGCCGAGCCCCCCGCCGAGCCCCACGUCGAGCCCCACCUCGACGGUGCGCAGUACGCCCCGUGGGACCAGACCUUGCAGCAGACGCAGCAGAUUCAAAAAUAUCCCGAAUCUGUGGAAGACCCUCCUGACUACUCCAUGCAGUACUAUCAGCAACAGCAACAUCAGCAGUUUCAACCGCAGCCGCAGCAACUAGUCUCGGAUUCCGUGCCCGAUCAACAGCACCAGCAUCUGCAACAACAGCAGCAGCACUACGAGCCGCAGUACGGCUACGAGGAGCACGGGCACUCCUACGCCGACCCGUACUGGCAGCCCGACUACGGGUACAACGAGAGCGGCGACGGCGCGCGGCCCACCAUCACCAUGCCGGGCGCGGCCCGCGGCGACGAGCGCGCCGCCUCCGCCGACCAAGUCGACCGAGACUCCGACAGUCCGCAGUCCAGCGGCAAGGAGGGCAGGACCGAGAGUGGCGCCAAGGGCGAGCGGCGCGGGACGGGCGCGGCCGCGGGGGGCGGCGGCUGGCUGGGCGGCAUCCUCACCAAGUUAUCGCUGCGGGCCCCCAACCAGAUGAUUCUGCCCGACGACACCAACCCCACCAUCGUGUGGGACGAGCAGCGCCAGCGCUGGCGGGACACGGGCGCCGCCGACGCCGACGCGCCCGCCGCGCCGCCGCCGCCGCCCGCCGGACCAAGCACGUCGACCCCGCUGCAGUCCCCGGCGACGCUCGGAGCGCCCCCGGCCGUGCCCGUGUCCAAUAUUUUUAAAAUGCAAAAAGGACGACACAUAAAGAAGUCGUACGUGGACGUGCUGAACCCGGGCGGGGCGCGGGGGGCGACCGCGGCGCCGCCCGGCCCCGCGCCGCCCGCGCCGCCCGCGCCCCCCGCGCCCGCCGCGCCCGCCGACUACUUCGUGCCCGCGCCGCCCGCGCCGCCCGCGCCGCAGGGUGGCAUCUACGAUCCGGCGCUGAUCGCGGCCAACAACGAGGACUUCCGAAGUGGGAUUUAAGUUUACUAUAUAAAUGUUGAUGGAUUCAAAUAUGUAACUCGAUAAAAUAUUCCUUUUAAAUAAUAUGAAAACACAGGGUUGUUAUAGCAGUUAAGUUUUAAGGUCGAACACACCAACGCGAUCGAACCAGAAACGAAACGUCGAAAUCAUAUAUCACGAAGCAAUGGCCAUAUCUGUGUUAUGAAGCUUUAUCAGUUCGGUCGCGCGGAUGUGUUCAAUACUUUAGAUUGAAAAUUUUAUUUAUAUCUAACUGUAACACAUUACAUUCCUCUAUAGGCUUACAAAAUCUUUAUUUUUACAACAUAAUCGCUAUUGACAAUAUUCAGUAUGUAACAACCCUGAAUUGUGCAGAAAAAUGGCCAUCGCAUGAACACAACACAAAAUUAUUAUUUUUUUACCAUAUAUUAAACACUGGGAAUUUCUGGUGGUUUAACAAUGGGUUUUCUUCUUCAACGGCGCGACUUUGUUGAUACUUAGUGCGUGUAACUUUGUUGUGUUCAAUUUCAAAAUUAUCUCGUCAAAAUGUUUUGUUUUCAUAAUUUAUAUGUAAAACUAAAAAUGUGUGUUCGAACCCUUAAUGCUACAAGGCAAUAAAUCAUUAGAUCAAUUAUAUUAAUCUUAUAGAAAUCAAUGUAAUUAGUAAUGUGUGUGUUUUAUACAACAAAAUAAAAAAAAUUAAUUCAAAUUCAAUAAAUUAUAAUAAUCGAGUGAGAAUUUUUUUUUUAAUAUUUUCUGUGUAAUAAAAGGUUUAAUGGAAAAUGUUAACAAAUAGUGAAGACGCGUUUUGUUUUACGAUUAUUCGGAUUGUUUACGUUCAUUUAUUAACGAAUUAAGGUUCUUACACACCUGCGCUAUUAAGCGAAGCGGAAUGACAUCGACCUAUAUUUGUCCAUACUUGUAGCUCGCUCCGUUGUGGUCGUAACUUUACAGACGAUUCCUUCGCUUAGUAUCGCUGACGUGGUCGACAGUGGGACAACAGCUAUGUAUAUUAAUUAGUUCUCGUUUAUACUCCGAGUUCGAUACAUUUUAGUUUGUGUAAAUUAAUUCUAUAUUUGCUAAUGUUUUAUUUUGUAAAUGUUUCGGGCGUUGAAUGUUGCUUUUUAAAAACAGUAUGUAAGAUUUAAAAGAAAUCUAUCAAAAGACAAUCGUAGUAAUUGUGUAGUUCCACGAUCUCUGUUCUGUCUGAAAAAAACACGAUUGCUUAUUUGAACGUGGUAAGAAUAACUGGCCAUACCAGGAGUCGUCGAAUGGUAACACUAUUUUAGAAUAGAUUAAAUGAUUUUUUUUUAUUAUUAUAUGAAUUGAAAAUAAAAUUGGUAUUAUAUUUAUGUUAAUAUAAUUAUUCUCCUUUAUUCUCUUAGUUUCUUUCGAUUAACUUCUUUCUAAUCACGGUGCACUAGAAACGGUCUUUAUUUUAUUAUCUCAAUUAAUUAUAGACAAUAAAUGUUAGUUAUCUUCUAGAAUAUUCUUUCUCUAUAAAUUUUCGUUUAAUGUUCCGUGUAAAAAUAAGAUUUAAAGGUUAUGUACAGAUAAUGGUGUUUUAUAUGUCGAGAAAGGUGAGGUGACGCAGGUUGUAUAGAGGUAGGGGGGUAAGUCGUAGCGACGGAAUGGAGCUACGGCGUUCUUGUAUUUGUAUAAAGGUGUAAUUUUGACGUGUCUGUAUAUUUGACGCUCGCGGCAAGCAACGUGUAUUCCGAAAUGUAUUAUAAUAAUUCAUCUUAUUAAAGUUAUUUAAAUAAAUUGUUUAUGUUAAUGCUUA